CCGAUCACUCUGCAGCAACUGCGAGAGCCAUGAAUCUGCAAUAUUUUCUGCUUCUACCUCUACUGCUUUUCUCAGCAACUGUAGUAGUGUCUCAAAACAUUGUCAGGACUCUGCCUGGUUUCUCCGGCGAGCUUCCCUUUAAGCUUGAAACUGGAUAUGUGAGCGUGGGUGAUAUAGAGUUCUUCUACUACUUUGUGGAGUCUCAGUGCAACCCUCGAGCUGACCCUCUUAUUCUUUACAUCAAUGGAGGCCCUGGUUGUUCUGGCUUGAAUGGCUUCGUUUAUCAAAUUGGUCCAGUUGCUUUCAACACCACAGAUUAUACAGGAGGCUUACCAACAUUGCUACUUUAUCCACACUCAUGGACCAAGACGGCCAACAUACUAUUUUUAGAUGCACCUGUGGGCACUGGCUUCUCCUAUGCAACAACAACCCAAGCCUACACCACCUCAGACACAUUGUCCGCCAUUCAGACUAUUGAGUUUUUGAAAAAUUGGUUGAAUGAUCACCUGGAUUUCAAGUCGAAUCCAUUCUUUCUUGGGACGGAUUCCUAUUCAGGCAUACUUGCUCCCAUCAUUGCUCAAGAAAUAAUAGAUGGAAAUGAAGUUGGAGAAGAACCCCACAUUAAUCUCAAAGGAUACUUGAUUGGAUGUCCUCAUACUGAUACCACUCUUGAAAAAAACUCAAGAAUAGUAUAUGCUCACCGGAUGGCACUUAUAUCUGAUUCACUCUAUGAGGCUGCCAAAACAAGUUGCAAUGGAAGAUAUGUUGAUGUAGAGCCCUCCAAUGCAAAAUGUGUAGAGGCUAUUGAAUCUAUCCUCCUGUGCAUAGAACAAAUAAGCCUCCAGGAUAUUUUGGAGCCAAAUUGUGCUUUCUUAACCCCAAAACAAAACAAAGAAAUUCGAAGAUCACUCCAAGAGAAUUCAAAAAGUUUCCUCCUUCCAUCACAUUACACAACCGGUGAUGCUUGGUGUCGUAAUUUCGAGUAUUUGCUAUCUGAUAUAUGGACGAACUACAAAAGUGUCCAAGAGGCCCUCUACGUUAGACCAGGAACAGUAAAAGAAUUUUUCAGGUGUAACAUUAGCCUAUCUUACACUGUGAAUGUCAACAAUGUCAUUGGAUAUCACAAAAACCUCACCAACUCAGGCUUGCAAGUUCUAGUUUUCAGUGGUGAUCAUGAUAUGGUUAUUCCGCAUGGGGGCAUCGAGCAAUGGAUAAAAUCUUUCAAUAUUUCCAUAGACAGCGAUUGGCGACCGUGGUACGUCGACGGCCAAGUUGCAGGGUACACAAGAAAGUACACCAACAAUGGUUAUCGCUUAACAUAUUCAACCAUAAAGGGAGCUGGCCACUCACCUCCUGAGUACAAGCGCAGGGAAUGUUAUGAGAUGUUCUAUAGGUGGAUCCAUUAUUAUCCUCUUUAAUCGUACGUGAAUGCAUGCCCACAUUGGUUCGUGGGCUCAGCAUCAAGAUUGUGCACUUCCAGUACAAUGAUAAUAUUAGUUUCUAGUACUCUUAAGAAUUCCCAAAAUCUGCAAUAAAAUUGUUUAUUGAGUGGAAAUUUAGGUCUAUUGGAUAAUUGUUUUUGAAAAUAAUUUUGAGAGAGCUUUUGAGAACUA